UCUCUCUGUCUAAGUCGUUCUGCCAACUGCAAUUAGAAUACACAGCCUCUACUGCACCGGCUCUUUAACAAACUAUCUUACAGCCAGACCCAUUUUGUUAAUUGAUUUUUUUGAUAAAACUAUCUCUGUCUUUUGUUAUUUUACACUUUUGAUCAUCUUGAUGUCAGUUUCCCCUCAUCAGUUGUGUUGACAGAGUUUUCCACACUGUGGACAAAUAAGUACUAAGAAACUAACUAGUGAAUGACUGAUACUGUACAAUAUACAAUAUAUAUGUAAAGGACAAAAAAACAAAAGCAGUCAACAUGACAACUUGUCUGUUGAGACACAAUCUCCCAGUUACUCAGGAUGGUGCACACACCUCACUCUGAACAGUUGGUAUGGUUCCUUUGGUGAAGGUGGAUCCACUGAGAGCUUAACCAAAAAAGAAAAAAAGUGAUAUAACUGUGUCUUUAGAGACAUCGCAGACUGAUGAAGGUUUGACCUCUGCUGUAUUUUACAGGAACAUGAUUGGCUGUGACAGCCUGAAGGGGUGAGAGCCUGAGAGGCGGCCGCUCCAAUGGCGUGGACUGAGCCACGGUGGUGUCCAGACCCAGAGCCAGAAUCAGAACCAAAAGUGACACCUCACAAUCUCAGGACUCAAACAUCAGCAGCAAAUUUUUCAUCAUCCAUUCCUCAAGUCCACCUUCCAGUAUUACUGCCCCUCCUAAUCCUUGUGCUUGCUGCCUUUGCUGACCUCUGUACAGCCGGUCCACCCCAGCCAGCCCAACCACCUCUCCUGUCAGGACAGCCUUUUAUCAUCUUCUGGGGCAUACCUGACUCUUCCUGCUCUGGUCGGCCAGAUCCCAGAUCUUUUGGGAUGGAACGAGAGGGCCGCGUGGCUGUCUUUUACGAGGACACGCUUGGGAACUACCCGUAUUUCAUAGACAAAGACACACCAGUCAAUGGAGGCCUACCACAGCACACAGGCCUAGACAACCACCUCCAGAAGACACAGCAGGACUUGGAAGCAGCUUUACCCGCCCCAAGGUACCUUGGGCUGGGGGUGUUGCGCUGGGUAGAGUGGGCCCCCCAGUGGUCCAGGAACAGAGAUAAGCAGACGAUGUAUUUGGAGGCGUCAAGGAACCUGCUGAAGGCUUUCUUUCCUAACUGGACUCCAGAGGAGGUGGAGAAGUGGUCACAGGUGGACUUUGAGGCAGCUGCACAGUCAGUAAUGACGGAGACUCUACGGGAGGUCAAAAGAUUAAGGCCCAAAGCAUUAUGGGGUGUCUCCCCUUUCCCCAGCUGCUACAAUGGCAACCCCGCCCAAACCAUAUUAGCCAAUUACACCGGCCAGUGCCCUGCUGCAGAGAUGGCCCUUAACGAUGAGCUUCUGUGGCUCUGGAAACGAUGCUCCGCCCUCUACCCUCUCCUCACCCUGGAGAAGCUGCAGAGUGGGACUGCUGGAGCCAAGCUUUAUUUAUCCAGUCAAAUAAGAGAAGCACUGCGAGUAUCAUCUCUGACUGGGACAGCAUUUGAUCUUCCUGUAUUCCCACUGGUCAAGAGCGUCUAUGCCUCAACUAAUACUUUCCUAUCACAGACAGACCUGGUCAGCACCAUUGGAGAAAGUGCUGCCAUGGGAACCGCCGGAGUUGUCAUCUGGGAGCGAAGUGAGACUAAGACUGAGAGAGAGUGUCAGGACCUGGCAGAGUUUGUCCGCAAGGUCCUGGGACCCUACUCCAUCAACGUCACCACGGCAACUCGACUCUGCUCAGCCUCUCUGUGCCAGGGGAAGGGCCGGUGCGUCCGUCAAAACCCGCAAAGCUCUGCCUAUCUCCACCUCCCGCCCCAAUCCGAAGCGGUGGAGAAGGUGACAGAAAAGAUAGAGGCAGCAAAAGCCACAGAUCAGCCAAACAUAGACGCAAAACCAGCUGAGCCAGACCCAGCUGAGAUAUGGAAGAGAGAUUUCCAGUGCCAGUGGUACAAGACCGCAGACGGGGACGUCUCAGACCAACAGUCCCCUAAAGAUGGCGCGUCUGUUGGAGAAACAGUUGAAGAAAAUGCGGGAGAUGUAGCAGGAACUACACCUGCUUCCACAGUAGUUUCUACAACAAAAGGUGCCUCUGUAACAGAGUUAGGAGGAAGCAGUUCACCAGGUACUGCAAGUCUAUCGCCUUCACUGGAAGUACCCACAGUUGGCGGUACAAAUCCACUGAGUGCCCCACUCCUCACUGUUCUGCUGCUGCUGUUGGCUGGAAGUCUAUGCCAUGUGAAAUGAACCAGCCUUCAUCUGUAAGGUCUGGGCUGCAAUGGCCCUUCUCAAGUGCCCUUGAGCAAGACACUGAAUCCCUGCUGGCUGCAGGUGUGCUGCUUUGUAGCUGAACAUACCUGAAUAUUGAGUAUCACAAAACAAAAAGAAGAAGAAACUAUGUCCAUGCUGGAAUUCAAAAUCUAUCACUGGAUGUGCCAAGAGACAGUGGUACAAACAACUGUCACUGACAACUGUCAGUUUCUACUGGCUGGAUUUAAACCUUUUUCAUGGAAGGAGAAACUACAUACUAGAUUAAGACUGACCCAUCAGUGUGCUGCUAUCAGCUUGUUGUUGUAUCACAUCAGCUGACAGUUGUCCCACUAGAUAACAUGAAAGCGGUCUAUAAAACCUGCAAUGAGGUUUUACUGUCUUUGCACAAUUUGUUUCUCCAUUUGUUUGUCAGUGCAUUGUUAUGUGAAAAUUACUUAUUCAUUUAGAGGCCUCAUACAGUAAGGAGUUUCUCUUUUUAAUAAAUAGAUUUGUUGAGUUAAAGGGCCAGUUCAC